CCUAGAGCACUGAUAUAAACAGAAAGUAAACAACAACUUACCUGACUUAGUGAGAGUUUACACAGUGCUCCCUGGCAGCGUCACACACACACACGCGCACACGUCGUGUUGUGGUUUUUGAAGAGAGGUCACCAUCAGUCAACCUGCAGCCAACCUAGACGAUGAAACUGCAGAAACCCCCCAAAACAGCAGCGUCAGCGGAAACAGCACGGAAAUAGAUGAUGUGACAAUGAAAGCAGCUGAUGUUGUUGUUCAGUGUGCGUUCGAGGGAGGAGGUGGGCUGUGAAAGUGAGUUCAAGUACAACAGGGAUUGCAGGCCAUGAAUCAAUAAAGGUCCCAAGGCAAACAGCCGAUACGCCUCAUUGAUCAGGACAAAAAAAAUAAAAAAAGGACAAUGUCAGGGGCAGGAAAGCAAAAGCAUCUGCUGCAUUUUAACCUGAGACACCAGACACAUCAGCUGACUGCUCCAACACUUCUCUACUGAGGAAACCUGCACCAUUAGCAGCCCAGUCACUAGAGGGGGCACAUGGCAAGAGCUGCAGAAUGAAUAGGAGGCUUUAUUCUCCAAUAAAGGGCGGUAUUAUGAGUCAGUGUCAGUUGGAAGAGUGUGUUAGCUGAGCCAGUCUAUCUAUCCAUCUAUUUGUCUGUCUGUCUGCCUACCUAUCUAUCUAUCUAUACAUCUAUACAUCUAAAAGAAAAACAAGAUAUAAUGGACUCUAACAGUGAGGACGGAGACUAUCAAAGUCAUGAACAUGCCUCCCAUCAUGAUGCAGCUCAGUACAGAGUGACCUACCCUCAUUGGAGAAACAUCACAGAUGUGGAUUAUGAUAAGAAUGAGGAAUUCAACAAAAAGAGGUAUUCAGCGAGUCGCUCUGGUAACAACCCAGGCAGAGUGAAGCGGGUGGUGUCGUGCAAGAGGAAGACCCAUCACCUGACGGUGGCUCGGAGGAAGCAGCUCGGGCCUGGGAGGACAUUGGAUGCUGCAAACAAAGAGAAUGAGAUGAGCUCUCUACAGGACGUGCAACAGGAAAUAUUUGACAUGGACCCGCUGGAGUUCCCACUGAAUGUCAAUCAUAACCACAGGACUGGUAGAACUGGUUAUGAGCAGGCAGACUGCUAUGCGCUUUCUGAGCUCUCAAAGGAUCACAGUGCGAUGACUGACGUGCUCUUUGGAAGAAAUCUGAGACUGAAAGUAGCUUUCACAUUGUGGCAGAGAAAUGUUGGAGAGCUAUUGACAUACUUCCUGAGAAUCCAAGACACUGGAGUGUUUGUCGAUUUUCUCCCACUGAUAAGCAGAAGCAUUGACGAGGACUCUCUGAGGAUUACCAUUGGCUGUUGUGUUGACCUAUUUCCUUUAGUUAAGGAAGUCCUCACCAAGCCGUAUGAAGAGUAUCUUAUAGUUGGUUUGAACUGGAUACAUUCAGUUUUGAAAAAAUGGUGGCAGCAACUAAGAGCAAGCGGCUACAGUGGAUCAUCUGAAGCUGUGUUAGAGAAGAAUUUUCAGGUCUUUAAUCAGCGGUUAGUGGAGUUAUGGCUUGAGGAACCUUCAUUGAAAUUUGUUCCAGGAGCUGCAGGAAAAAAGGCAAAGGUCAUUGAUUCUUACCUGUCUCAACUUACCUGACAGCAAUAAAGAGCCAUAUAACAGAGGUUUCUCUGGUAACAGUGACCUGAAAUAUUCAAAAAGAUAAGAGUUGCCCCUGGAUUGUGCCCUUGGAUUGUACUGUACCGUGUCUGUAGAGGUUGGUGUAUUUAUUAGUUUACAAAGGAACUUGAACAGUUUAAAUACUGAGGCUGUGCAAUAUACAUUUUUUGUGUGAAACGAUCAUAUUCUGAAGUUCUGUCACAGAAAUGUGGUUGUUCGAUGACUGUAAGAAUCAAAAUUUGUGUCAUUGAUAUGUUGUUUGAGUUUACCUAAUUUGAUUUCCCUGAUGAUACAAUUUGUGGAUGUUAUUAUGAUUUUGUUUGUUGGAAGAAAAUGUACAAAUAUGUUUCUGUUAAUAAAUAAAAACAAUGCACAACC